AGGGAAAAAAAAGGGAACAAAUAUAUCCAGAGCAUACCGACCCAACAGCCCCAAAGACAUACACUCACUCUCUCUCUCUCUCUCUCUCUCUAUACUACAAGUUUCCACACACGCCCCUGAGAAUCCUCUGUGUUGGGUUUUUCAUUUUUUGUUGUAAGAUUUUAUUCUCUGUCUUGUUUUUUUUUUAUUAGAACACAGUCUUAGUGCCGUGUACAACCAGUUCACUUGUUGGAAACCAAAAGAAAGAAAGGGAAAACAGGACCAAGAAAGAUCAGAAAAACCAAAAAAGCACCUCGAUUUUGGAACUGGGUUCUGUCCAGAUCUCGGAUUAGAGCUACAGAUUCUAAAGAGAAAAAUCAGUUCUUUUUUUUUUCUUUUGACUUUGAAGGCAUAAAGCCAAAAGCCCAAGGUUCAUUUUCUUGGUGUUAUCAUGGAUUCCCCCCAGUCAGUUGUGUCCCCAUUCAAGAGCUCUGCCGUAGCUGAGCCUGAGAAGCAGAAAUCCGACUUUUUCACUAGGAACUCCGGUGGCUUGUUGAAUGGGUCUGAUGUUAACAGAAGGGAAGCUGUUGUGUCCAACCAAGAGAACUUCAUUGGUGUUCUUGAGGUUUAUGUCCAUCAGGCAAGAGACAUCCAAAACAUCUGCAUUUACCAGAAGCAGGAUGUCUAUUCUAAGCUUUGCCUCACUAGUGAUCCUGAAAGCACAGUUUCCACCAAAAUCAUCAAUGGUGGUGGGAGGAAUCCAGUGUUCAAUGAAAAUCUUCGCCUCAAUGUUCGAACUGUUGAUUCCUCUCUCAAGAUCGAGAUAUUCAUGAUGAGUAGAGUGAGGAAUUAUCUUGAAGACCAGUUGUUGGGGUUUGCGUUGGUGCCGCUGUCUGAAGUACUCCUCAAGAAUGGGAAAUUAGAGAAAGAAUUCUCUCUUUCUUCAACUGAUCUGUUCCAUUCACCUGCUGGUUUUGUCCAAUUGUCUCUCGCAUAUGCUGGAUCCUCUCCCGAAGUAAUUGCUAUUCCUGCAAUGCCUAUAGAUUUGGUUGCUGAUGCAACUGUGAAGGAUUCAGAAACAAGUGAGUGCGAGCUAGAAAAGAUCGAGUUCCCGGAUCCGAAAAUUGUGAACGAGAACCAGAUGAUGGUUUCUGAGUAUUUUGGGAUCUCAUGUUCCAAUUUGGACUCUGAAAGUUCCGAAAGUUUGGUCACCUCGGAUGCUGAAAAUCAACCUAGUUCGGACAUGGGUGUUCAUGUAGUGGAAAGCUUCUCAACUGCUGCUGUCAAUUCCAUCCAAGUUCCCAAGCUUGAUUCUCCUCCAAGCAGUGUGUCAACUAAUGGGGUAUCAUCUCCAUCAGCUGCUGCAAGCUCUGAGUCCUCUGAUGGUCCAGCUGCCUCUAAAACCUCUACUCAGGAACACAUUUCUGCCCCAAAAGAGAAAACUGCAGAUGUCGGAGAUGGUGAGAGUGAUUCUUCUGUGGCACAAAGUGAUUCCUUUGCAAAACCUGUUGUUUCUGUCAAUAUUGAGCCCGAGCAGAAGGUGGUGCAGCAGGAUAUCGUGGACAUGUACAUGAAAAGCAUGCAGCAAUUUACUGAGUCAUUGGCUAAGAUGAAACUCCCUCUUGACAUCGACAGUGGACCAACCAAAUCAGAGAAUUCAAGUACUACUGAUCAGAAAAUACAGGCAUCGAAAAACGCCGGCUCUCGGGUGUUCUAUGGAAGUAGGGCUUUUUUCUAAGCUCUUCUUCCUCUGUACUCAAAGGAAGACACACAGGUGACUUUAGAUUUUAGGGUGGAGAGACUGGAGACUAAUACUAAUAGUGAGGUGUAAUAAUUUGUGUAAUGUAAUGUGUUGUUUUCCUUUGUAUGUUGACAUGUUCUAGCUGAUGUGGGGGGAAAACCAUGACUUGUACUGUUACUAGCUUUGUUUCUUUGCAGCCUGCUGUUAGUAUAUAUGAACCGUUCCUUUUAUAACA